CAUGACUGUAUACAUGCCUGUAUAACACGGAGCCCAGAUGCAGCAGGAUGUUCCCUGACAUUUAGCACAUAUUAGCUAUAAAAGUUAUCGAGUAAAUCAUUACAGGCGGCCACCACGCCCUCACCGUGUUUGUGUGCGUGCGAUACGUAAGCCUCGACUCACACGGACACAUUUAAGACAGGGAAGUUGUGUGUGGUCGUUUUAGUCCCUCGCUGUGUUUUCACCUGAGCGUUACAGCUGCCAACCUCGUACUCUAGCUACAUCUGCAAGGUUUGCCACAAUGGUUGUGCUUUCCAAAGAGUAUGGAUAUGUGGUGUUGACUGGUGUUGCCAGUAUGGUCAUGAUUGGACAUCUGUCCUUUAAAGUUGUCAAAGCCCGCAAGAAGUACAAUGUAGAGUAUCCGCGGAUGUACAGCGACGAUCCAGAAACCGGAAACAUUUUUAACUGCAUCCAGCGUGCACACCAAAACACUCUGGAGUUCUACCCCGCCUUUCUUUUCUGCCUGGCAGUUAGUGGUGUGCAUUGUCCUCGCCUCGCCAGUGGACUUGGCGCUGUAUGGAUUGUAGGCAGAGAGGUGUACGCACACGGGUACUCUUCAGGAGAUCCUAAAAAAAGAAUGCGGGGAGCGUUCGGGAACUUGGCUUUCUUCGGGUUGGUGCUGACCACACUGAACUUCGGCCGGACCCUGCUCGGCUGGACGGGACCACGGGUGGGCCCCUUCUGUCAAGCUUCCUGUUGCUAGUGAGGACCAAGUCUUCAGAAAGCUCACUUUAUAAUCAAAGCCACUCUACGUAACCCUUGCAGCAUGUUUGCUAACCUCUGACCAAUUUAACCAUUUGAAGUCGGGAAGUUCAUGUUGUAAAGUAACCCAACCGGUUCUCCAGGGAGGGAAAUUCCUCAUUUAGAAAAAGAAUGAGGUUCACCUGGCUCAUGCAAGAUAUGUCUGUUUUUCUUGAUGGCAUUUUCAACUGCACCCUGAUUGAGACAUUUGAAAUUAUUUGGCCUCAUAACAUGAACCAUCUGUCAUAUAUUCUGUAAUAGACAAAUGGAGGUGCUGUAAUAAAAUAGGGACAUUUCUUAUACAUUUUAUGUCAUGCCAGAUUUUGCACAUUAGUCUGUUCUCAAGCAAAAUAAACUGCUAUCAUGAUGAUUUGUUGUUUUGGAUGUUUCACAAACAGGGUUUUGUGUCGUCUCACUGGUGUUAUUAAAUAUUAUACAUUGGU